UGUCACACAGUCCCAUCACUAACAUUGCUCUUGUCUAAAGAAAUUUAUAAAGAUUUCGACAGAUAGAAAAUACAACAUCAAACGAAUUGAGCAGCGCGCAGGCAAAGGCAUACUGCGACUCUUAACAGUACAGCCAGUGUACAAUUAAAUACCACACUCACGUUACACACAGAUCAGUUUGUUUAAAAUUUUCGUAAAUCCAAUAUUGCCAGCCAUCGUCGUCCCCCUAACCCCUCGAGCAGUUUAGCCAUCAACGUUUGCAAUGGACAAGCUCAUCAAGAUGACGAACCAUCGUUCCGGGAUAGUCGUGGGCGAAAAAUACAGAAUCAUACGCAAAAUAGGAAGUGGCUCCUUUGGCGACAUCUAUUUGGGCAUGAGCAUGCAAUGCGGCGAGGAGGUCGCCAUCAAGAUGGAGGCAACCAAUGCCCGCCAUCCUCAGCUACUCUACGAGUACAAGCUCUAUCGCGUCCUCAGCGGAGGUGUGGGCAUUCCGCGCAUUCGCUACUAUGGCAAUGAGAAGAACUUUAAUAUAUUGGUUAUGGAUCUGUUGGGACCCUCGCUCGAGGAUCUCUUUAAUUUUUGCACACGUCACUUUACCAUUAAGACGGUGUUAAUGCUGGUCGAUCAGAUGAUCGGACGUUUAGAGUAUGUGCACAAUAAGUGCUUCAUUCAUCGCGACAUCAAGCCCGACAACUUUCUCAUGGGCAUUGGACGUCAUUGCAACAAGCUGUUCCUCAUUGACUUUGGACUGGCUAAGAAAUUCCGUGAUCCUCAUAAGCGCAUACAUAUACCUUACCGUGAGGAGAAGAACUUGACUGGCACAGCACGCUAUGCCUCGAUCAAUGCCCACGUUGGCAUCGAGCAGUCCCGUCGCGACGACAUGGAGUCGCUUGGCUAUGUGAUGAUGUACUUCAAUCGGGGCGUCCUGCCCUGGCAGGGCAUGAAGGCGACUAACAAGAAGCAGAAAUAUGAUAAAAUCUCUGAGAAGAAAAUGUCCACGCCCAUUGAGGUGCUCUGCAAGGGGUAUCCGGCUGAAUUCUCAAUGUAUUUGAAUUACUGCCGCAGUUUGCGCUUCGAGGAGGCGCCCGAUUACAUGUAUUUGCGUCAAUUGUUCCGCAUUUUGUUCCGUACGUUGAACCAUCAGUAUGAUUAUAUCUAUGACUGGACAAUGCUGAAGCAGAAGACCCAUCAGAAUCAGCAGCAGAGCGCGGAUAAUAUGCUGACGCCGGAGCAGCGUGCCGAACGUGACAAGGAGAAGCAGAGCGGCAGCAAGCCAAACACAUUGGCCGACUAAACGAUGCUCGUUCAGAGCGAUUUUAAUAGCAGCAACAGGAUAACACAUCAAAAUAUAAAGGAAAACAAGUAAAACAGAAAAGAAA